UUCUCUUUGCAGGUAAAAACCAUGCAAAACUGGAGCACUGUAACUGAAUUUGUUCUUCUGGGGCUUUCACAGAAUCCCAAACUUCAGGAAGUCAUAUUUGUUGUGUUUUUGGUCGUCUAUAUCUCCACUAUCGGGGGUAACAUGCUCAUUGUGGUGACCAUUGUCUGCAGCCCUGUACUACGGAGCUCCCCGAUGUACUUCUUCCUGACCUUCCUGUCCUUCCUGGAUGCAUGCUUCUCCUCUGUGAUUGUCCCAAAGGCCAUGUCAGAUGCCCUGGUGGAGAGAAAGACCAUCUCCUUUGAAGGCUGCAUGAUACAGGUCUUUGCUGAGCACUUCCUCGCUGGCACAGAAGUCAUUGUCCUCACCGCCAUGGCCUAUGACCGCUAUGUGGCCAUUUGCAAACCAUUGCACUACUCUUCCAUCAUGAACUGGAGGCUCUGUGGCAUUCUGGUGGGCAUGGCAUGGGCAGGGGGUUUCUUGCAUUCCAUUGGGCAAGUUCUCUUUGCUUCCCAGCUGCCCUUCUGUGGCUCCAAUGUCAUCGAUCACAUCAUGUGUGACUUGCACCCUUUACUGAACAUUGUAUGCACAGACACACACAUCUUUCGGCUUUUCGUGAUUGCCAACAGUGGCUCUAUCUGCACUAUCAUCUUCACCUUGUUGUUGGUUUCCUACGGGGUCAUUUUGUUCUCUCUGAGAAAUCACAGUUCUGAAGGACGGAGGAAGGCCUUUUCCACCUGUGGGUCCCACAUAGCAGUGGUGGUUUUGUUCUUUGUCCCGUGUAUUUUUAUGUAUGCCAGACCUCCGUCUGCCUUCUCCUCUGAUAAAAUCAUGGCAAUAUUUUGCAGCAUGCUUACCCCUUUGCUCAACCCUUUGAUUUAUACACUUAGGAAUAAAGACAUGAAAAAUGCUAUGAGAAAAGUCUUGAGGAGAUUGGUGGUAUUUGCUGAUGAUAAAUAA